CAUGCGCCAGGCGUGUGACAUUGACACAGUCCCAUUCACAGAAAAAGUUGCAAGCAAAGAGGUUGCAAGGUUCUAGAAUGCGCCGCGCACUGAGCUCACGGUGGCUGUUGGCGGGAGUCUCCUUGGCUGCAGGGGCCGGUUUGGGGGUGGGAUACGGAGCUCACCGGCACCAAGAUGCUUCCGAUUCCUUCCUCCAUUGCCCCGUGAUCCCUAUCCCGUCUGUAACCGCGGAUGCCGUUGCCAACGAGUCCUUUGUGCCGGUCAGUCCGGCACAGCUGACCCUCGGCAACUCGACCGAAAUCAUGAAAUUCGGUUUCCCUUCUCUGUCCCACAUCAAGACCCGCGAAUCAUACGUGUUGGCCUAUGACCCACGAACCAGGAACGCCCUGUGGGUGCUGGAGCGACUGGACGCGGGCAGACUGGGCCUGACUGGCUCCGACCGCAAUCGUUGUGUAUUUAGGGAGGAUGAGUCUGUGCAUGAAUACCACCGAGCACAGAACGGCGACUUCAAAGGUAGCGGUUUCGACCGGGGUCACUUGGCAGCAGCCGCUAACCAUAAGCACAGCCAGAAAUGCAUGGAUGAUACCUUCUACCUCAGCAACAUGGUGCCUCAGAAUCCUGAUUUAAAUAAGAAUGCCUGGAACAAUCUGGAGAGGUAUUGUCGGAGUCUGACCAAGUCCAAUAAAAAUGUGUACGUUUGCACGGGACCCCUUUAUUUGCCGAGGAAGGAAUCGGAUGGGAAGUUGUAUGUUAAGUAUCAAGUCAUCGGGAAGAAUAACGUUGCAGUUCCAACACACAUCUUUAAAGUGGUGAUACUGGAGAAAGACAGCGGGGAAAUCGAAUUGCAGUCGUAUGUGAUGCCAAAUCUGCCAGUUUUGGAUAACAUUCCCCUUGAACGUUUCCUGGUGCCAAUCGAGAGCAUUGAGCGGGCAUCUGGCCUUCUGUUUGUCAGCAACAUUCUGAAAAGAACCAAUAGCCUGAAAGCGAUAACUGGCAGUAGCAAAUAAAUGACAGGAUGGACAAUGACUGAGGUAGGAAAUUAUCAGGACAGGGGAUAAAGAUUUGUUCCUGAACAAAUUGUACCGCUUCAUUUUAUGGCUUGAAUAAGUAACGUUUAUCCUUAAUUUCCAAAUUACUUUAUGUAGCUAUACCUUGUAUAUUUUAUGUAGCUAUACCUUGUAUACCUUGUAUAUUUUAUGCACCAUUCUUAAUACUAUGUUAUUUGUUUAUUUGAGAUUAUUAUUACAUUCAAAACUGCAAAGAAAGCUCAAUUAAAUUAUUGGAAA